AUGAGUCUUGCAUUACAUGAUCUGCUCAUUUGUUGUCGUCGCCUUGAAAAUGAGAAAGCUGUGGAGCGAAGGAAGGAAAUUGAAAAUUUCAAGCGACUUCUCCAUGAUUCUGAAACAGUUCUCCAGCUGGACCGGAAUUCUGAUUCUAAACAAGGAAAGCAACUCAACUGGGAUGCUGUAUUUAGUGUCUUGCAGAAGUAUUUCCAGAAAGAAAUGAAAAACCUGCAGCUGACAAAGCCAAAUGCAUCUGCUUCAACCCAAACUACCAGACAGAAAAAGAUGCAAGAAAUUGGAAGUUUGGUCAAAUAUUUCAUCAGAUGUGCUAAUAAAAGACGACCCAGACUGAAAUGUCAGGAACUUCUGAUUUACGUCCUGGAAAUUAUAAGAGAUCCAACAAGUUGUGCUGCUUAUGGAUCUGACUGUAGUAGUAUACUCCUAAAAGAUAUCCUCUCAGUAAGGAAAUACUGGUGUGAGAUAUCCCAGCAACAGUGGUCAGAGUUGCUGAUCCUAUAUGGCCAAUUAUACCUCAAACCUUCUGGGAAGAUUAAUAGAGUCUUGGUGGCCAGGAUAAUUCACACAGUUACGAGGGGGUACUGCUUCCAAACUGAUGGGUUGAGUUCUGAUAUGUUUAACUUCUUUUCAAAAGCAAUGCAGUGUGCGAGGCAGGAGAAGAAUACUGCAGGCCUGGAUCAUAUUGUUGGAGCAAUGAAUAUCUUCUGCCAUAAGUUUGCUGUCAACUGUCGCAUACAGAUUUGUAAAGCAGGGGAAGAAAUUUUGCCUACAGUGCUUUAUAUAUGGACUCAGUAUAGACCAAAGGAUUCCCUGAAGGAGUCAAUAAUUGAGUUAUUUCGUCUCCAAGUUCAUCUUCAUCAUCCAAAGGGUGCAAAAACUCAGGGAAAAGGUGCCUAUGACUCAACAAAAUGGCAAAGUAUCUUACAUAACCUAUAUGAUCUGCUGGUGAAUGAAAUAAAUCUCAUCAGUAGUAGAGGAAAGUAUUCUUCAGGCUCACGUAAUAUUGCCGUAAGGGAAAAUUUGAUUGAGUUAAUGGCUGAUAUUUGUCAUCAGGUUUUUACAGAGGAUACCAAAGUUCUGGAAAUUACCCAGUCGUAUGCCGUUUCACAAAGAGAGUCCAGUGAUGAAACAGUACCAAGCAAGCACAGGAGGAUUGAACUAGGCUGGGAGGUAAUUCAAGACAACCUGCAAAGAUCCCAGAAGGAUUUUGAUGUCAUACCUUGGUUACAGAUUACAACUCAAUUAAUAUCAAAGUAUCCCAUGAGUCUUCCUAAUAGUGAGCUACCUCCCUUACUCAAUGUACUUCAUCAGUUACUGCCUCAGCAGCGCCGAGGAGAGAGGACCCCAUAUGUGCUGAAGUGUCUUACAGAGGUAGCUUUGUGUCAAACCCAGAAAACUGAUUUGAAAAGCACCCACAAGUUGGAGCUCCAGAGAACCUGGGCAAAGAUUUGGUCUCUUACCAUUCGUAGCGUAAGUUUCCAGCAAAUUGAAGUGGAGAGCUUUGGGCUACUUGGAGCUAUGAUUCAAGGAAACCUUGUUGUAACAGAUAAAGAACUCUGGAAGAUAUUUUCAGGACCUGCAUGCAAGCCUUCAAGUUCUGCUAUAUGUUGUUUAUCAUCAGUGAUGUCUGCCUACUCAGUACCAGAAAAUUUGGACGUAGGAAUGGAACAGAAUAAUUGUGAAAGAAAUAUGGAUUCUGUGUUAAAGGAGGCGAUAAUGAAAUGGGUACUGUCCUGCUAUUUGGAGGAAGAAAUGGAAGAAUGUGCAGAGUUGCCUCCUGUGCUCUGCAGUGAUUUUCCUCAUCUUGUAUUACAAAAAAUUCUUGUGAGCCUUACAAUGAAGAACUGUAGAGCUGCCAUGAUUUUUUUCCAAAAUGAUGCUAAAUGUGUGCAACACUUGCAAGGGAAAGAAGAAAACAAUUUUUCUGAUGUUGAAGAGCUGUAUCUGCAGACAACGUUUGAUGAAAUGGAUAUUUUCACUAACUUUGCAGUAAAUGUUGCAGAUAAAAAUGUGACUGGUUCAAGACUUGCCAUCAACCAAAAUCUUAGGGAAACACUGGAGUACUGUCUUUUAGCAAUGUCAGAAAAGGUUUUAAGCAGCUAUGCUCCUAAGGUUGUUUCUGCAGAGCACCUUGUCCGAUGUGUCAGUCUCUUGAUUGGUAUUCUUGGUUGCUAUUGCUACACUGGUAUAUUUAAAGAAGAGGAUGCCUGUAAAUCAAAGUUGUUCCAGAACGCUAGGUCUCUCAUUCAUUAUGCUGGAGAAAGCAUUUCUCAGUCUAAAAACAAACUAAAUGAAGAUGCCCAGAUCAAUUCACUGAGGACUUUGAUAAUGCAGUGUACAAAAUGUUUAUGCAAUUGUACCAAGAACAGUGUUAAUAAGAUGCUGUCUAAUAUAUUCCUGCGUUUGUUAACAUCAAAAUUUAUGAAUGAUCUUGUAGAUAUUUGCAAAAAUCUGAUGACAUUUACUGGAAAACCAAGUGAACUGGGAGAAGUGGAACUAAUAGGGAAUGAUCCUGAGGAGAGUAUAAUGGAAGUAGACAACCAGGUAUCUGAUGAUCUAUUUGAUGAUCAUUCAGUGACUGACAUCAGUGAUACAAAUGAAUGUGGUGAGAUGCAAAAUGUAACAGGUGCUUUGAGCCCACUAGCUGAAGAACAGUUGACAAAGCAGGAUUUACUUCUCCUUGAAAUUCUGAGGUUCUUAUGUAUUUGUGUAACUACAGUCCAAAUUCAGACAGUGAGCUUCCGAGCCUCUGAUAUACGGAGGAAGCUGUUAAUGCUUACUGAUGGCAGUGUCUUUGAUAGUGCUAAGCCAUUGCAUCUGCACGUGUACUUGAUCCUUUUGAAGGAGCUCCCUAUUGAAGAACACCUCUUGCCUGAAGACGAUGUUCUUAUGCUUCUUAGGCCUCUUUCUGCUGUGUGUUCUUUGUACCGUCGAGAUCAAGAAGUUUGUAAAGUAAUUCUAAAUAAUUUGCUUCCUAUAGCAGUAGGGUUGGCCCAGUUCAACGCACAUGCUGAAGAAACAGGGGAUGCGCAAGGACAAGUUUUGACAGUUGUUGGAGCCUUUUGGCAUUUAGCUCAAGGAGGGAAAUGCACAGCACCGGUAAGAGUGGCCCUUUUAAACUGCAUGAAAGCCCUGCUUGAGGCUGAUCCUCAUUGCAAGUGGGCAAUCCUUAAUGUGAUAAAUGAAGAUCUACCUGUGAGCGAUGCUUUCCCACAUUUUCUCGCAGAUAGUCACCAUCAAGUUCGCAUUCUUGCUGCAAAGUCAAUCACCAGUUUGUUUCAAGAUGUGAAACAGAGAGAUUCUUCUGGAAUGUCAAAACCUCUUCCCUUGAAGCUCCAGCAAAAGGCUUUUGAGAAUGCAUAUCUCAGAGUUCAGGAAGGAAUGAGAAAUCUGGUCAGAGGUGAUACAAGUCCUGAAGAUCUUUUGGACAAACAGUGUAAUGGAAAAGCGGUUUUGCUGAUGCUUAUAACCAUGGUACUGUGCUGCAGUCCGGUCUGUGAAAAGCAAGCUUUGUUUGCUAUUUGCCAGUCUGUGAAAGAGAAUGGAUUAGAACCUCACCUUGUGAAAAAGGUUUUGAAAAAAGUGUCUGACAUUUUUGGCUAUAAAACUAUAGAAGACUUCAUGACAUCACAUUUAGACUAUUUGGUGAUGGAGUGGCUGAAAAUAAAUGACAGUGGAUAUAGCCUGUCUGCUUUUCCUUAUGUUCUUCUGAACUAUACUAGCCUUGAGGAAUUCUACAGGUCUUGUUAUAAAGUUUUGGUUCCACACCUGGUGAUUAGAAGUCAAUUUGAAGAUGUGAAAUCACUUGCCAACAAGAUUGAAAAAGACUGGAGGGAGGUUCUAGCAGACUGUUUUCCAAAGAUACUUGUGAAUAUCCUCCCGUAUUUUGCCUAUCAAAGCCAUGGAAAGAGUGAAGUAGCAGAGCAAAGAGAUACAUCUUCUAAAGUCUACGACAUGCUUAAGGAUGAAAAGUGCUUAGGAAAACAGCAAAUUGACAAUUUAUCUCAUAAUAACUUACCAGAGAUUGUGGUAGAACUGUUGAUGACCUUACAUGAACCACCUGAUACCACGGUAGAAGAAGGAGCUCAUCUAAGUAAAUAUAUAAAGGAACUGGAUCCUGCUCCUAAUCCUCCUCAUUUUCCAUCUUACGUGAUUAAGGCAACCUUGGACUAUAUUAGCAACUGUCAUAAAAGCAAAUUAAAAAGUCUUGUAGCAGUUCUUUCUAAAAGCCCUGAUUCAUUCCAGAAAAUCCUUCUGGCCCUUUGUAAGCAUGCCUCAGAUACAAACAACAUCUACAAGAAACACAGAGUUCUUAUAAUUUAUCACUUGUUUGUUAGUCUGUUACUUAAAGAGAUAAAAGAUGGUUUAGGAGGAGCAUGGGCUUUUGUCCUCCGAGAUGUAAUUUACACCCUGAUUCACCACAUCAAUAGCAGACCUGUUAUUGUCAGAGAAAUAUCCAUGCGCAGCUUUUCACUCUGUUGUGAUCUUCUUCAUCAUGUUUGCCGCACCGCAGUUACGUGUUGCAAAGAUGCUCUAGAGAGCCACCUUCAUGUUAUUGUAGGAACCCUAAUACCUCUUGCCACAGACCAGCCUGAGAUUCAGGAACAGGUCCUAGGCUUGUUGAACUAUCUGGUGAUAGAUAAUAAGGAUAAUGAAAAUCUGUACCAAGCAAUCAAAUGCUUAGAUCCUUUUCCUGAAUAUCCUGCUUUUAAAGAUUUGCGAGCAACUCAACAGAAAAUAAAAUACAGUAAAGGACCAUAUUCUCUUUUGGAGGAAAUUAAUCACUUUCUCUCAGUUGGUGUUUGUGAUUCACUGCCCUUAACACGACUUGAAGGACUGUAUUAUUUACGCAAACAAUUGGAACAAUAUAAAGAUCAGAUGAAGGAUCUCCUGAAAAAUUUCCAGGAAAAGCCAGAAGAUUCUGUAGUAGUGAAAUUGGUGGUGAGCUUACUGCAGCUGUCCAAGAUGGCAGUUAACCAUACAGGUGAAAAAGCAGUGCUGGAGGCUGUUGGAAGUUGCUUGGGAGAAAUUGGUCCCAUGGAUUUCUCCACCAUAGCUCUUCAGCGUGCUGAAAAUGCACUGGAUUCUAAAGCAGUGGACUUAUUUGAAGAUAGAAAACUUCAGUGGGUCUUCAUAAUGUUAACUCAAAUAAAUAUUGCUUUAACAGAUAAAUGUAUUGAUGUUAGAGCUGCUGCUGUUUCCUGUUUGAAAAACAUAUUAGCCACCAAGACUGGCAGUGAAUUUUGGGAAGUUUAUAAAAAUAGAGCUGAUCCCAUGUUAAUCUAUCUACAGCCUUUCAGAAUGUCUAGGAAAAAGUGUUUUGUAGUACCUGCUAGUGAUACGAAAGCUCCUUUAGAAACUUUGGAUGACACAAACCUGUGGAUUCCUCUGGGAGAAAGUCAUGAGACCUGGAUCAAGCGCCUAACUAGUUCAAUACUGGACAGUGGAGGUGUGCAAAAUGAAGUUCUCCAGUUAAUGAAGCCGCUAUGUGAGGUGAAAACAGACUUGUGUCAAACUUUGCUUCCAUACCUGAUUCAUGAUAUCCUUCUUCAUGACUCGGAUGAAUCUUGGAGAAAUCUUUUGUCAGUUCAUAUCCAGAAGUUUUUUACAGCCUGUUGCAGAUUUGCCUCAUCUAGUAGAUCUACUACACCUCCAAAUUCUGAUUCAGAGCAAGAAACCCAUAAUUUUAGAAGUUUGGAUAAAGUAUCUCGACGAGCCAUGCUUGCUGUUGUUGAUUACUUAAGAAGACAAAAGAGAUCUGUUUCAGGUACAGUUUUUGAUGACAGCUUCUGGCUAGAUCUGAAUUAUCUCGAGGUUGCUAUAGCAGCACAGUCUUGUGCUGCUCACUUCACAGCCUUGCUCUACGCGGAAAUCUAUGCAGACAAGAUAAAUAUAGACAAACAGCAAGAAAGUUUGACAUUUGAAGAAGAAAGUCAAAGAACAGCUGUUACUAUUUUGAAUGAAAAAAGUAAAGAAGAAACUGGCAUAAGUUUACAGGACCUUCUCAUGGACAUAUAUAGAAGCAUUGGAGAACCUGACAGUCUCUAUGGCUGCGGUGGAGGAAGAAUGUUACAGCCAUUAGCACGGAUAAGAACAUAUGAGCAUGAAGCAGUAUGGGAGAAAGCCCUUGUAACAUAUGACCUUGAGGCAAGCCUCUCUCCAUCUACUCGCCAGGCAGGAAUAAUAGAGGCUUUGCAGAAUUUUGGGCUUUGCCACACUCUUUCCAUGUAUUUAAAAGGACUGGAACAUGAAAACACUGAGUGGUGUGCAGAACUACAGGAAAUACGCUACCAGGCAGCAUGGAGGAAUAUGCAGUGGGGCCACAUCUCUUCUGUCAAAGAUGAAACAGGAAGACCAGGGUACCAUGAAUCAUUGUAUGAUGCUCUUCAGUCUUUAAGAGAUAAGGAAUUCUCUGCUUUCUAUGACAGUCUUAAAGAUGCCAGAGUGAAUGAAGUAGAAGAGCUCUGCAAAGGCAGUCUUGAGUCUGUUUAUUCAUUAUAUCCAACUCUGUGCAGACUACAGCUAAUUGGAGAGUUGGAAAAUAUAGGUCUGCUGUUCUCCAGAUCUGUUACUACUCAACAACUGAAUGAUAUUUAUUUGAAAUGGCAGAGACAGUCCCAGCUUCUCAAGGACAGUGACUUCCGUUUCCAGGAACCUAUCAUGGCUCUGCGCACUGUAACUUUGGAGAUCUUGCUUGAAAAGGAGAAUGAAAAUACCAAAAGAGAAUGUAUUAAAGACAUCCUGACCAAACAUCUAGUGGAGCUCUCUAGAUUGGCAAGAACUGCUAAAAAUACACAGCUUCCAGAAAGAGCUAUGUUUCAGAUCAAACAAUACAAUCCAAAGGGAUAUGGAGUUUCUGAAUGGCAACUAGAAGAAGCUCAGGUUUUCUGGGCUAAAAAGGAAGAGAGUCUUGCACUGAAUAUUCUUAAAAGGAUGAUAAAAAAAUUAGAUGCAGAUUGGUUUCAGGUUGAGAAUGAUCCUCAUCUGAAAUUGAUGUAUACGGAGUGUCUGAGGCUAUGCGGAACCUGGUUAGCAGAAACAUGCCUGGAAAACCCUACAGUCAUCAUGCAGAAGUACUUAGAAAAGGCUGUGGAAAUUGCUGCAAGCCACAGUGGAGACAGCAGUGAUGAGCUGAAGAAAGGAAAGAUGAAGGCUUUCCUGUCUCUGGCUCGUUUCUCAGAUAAUCAGUACCAGCGAAUUGAGAAUUACAUGAAAUCCUCAGAGUUUGAAAAUAAGCAGGCAUUACUGAAGAAGGCCAAGGAGGAAGUCGGCCUCCUCAGGGAGCGCAGAGUUCAGACAAAUAGAUACACAGUGAAGGUUCAGCGAGAACUUGAACUGGAUGAAUGUGCCAUACAUGCCCUAACUGAGGAUCGUAAACGUUUCUUGUGUAAAGCAGUGGAGAACUAUAUCAGCUGUUUACUAAGUGGAGAAGAACAUGAUAUGUGGAUCUUCCGACUCUGUUCCCUAUGGCUUGAAAAUUCUGGAGUUGAUAGAGUCAAUGAAAUGAUGAAGAAAAAUGCAGAGAAGAUCCCUUCAUACAAGUUUUUGCCUCUGAUGUACCAGCUGGCUGCUCGGAUGGGAACCAAGAUGAUGGGUGGUUUAGGAUUUCAUGAAGUUCUGAAUAAUCUAAUGUCUAGAAUUUCACUGGAUCAUCCACAUCAUACUUUGUUUAUAAUACUAGCUUUGGCAAAUGCUAACAAAGAUGAACUCCUCACAAAACCAGAUGCAAUAAGAAGAAAUAACUUAAUUAAAAAUGCACCGAAAGAAAUCUCACAGCUUGAUGUGGACAGAAUGGAGGCUGCUAGCAAUAUAAUAAAUAUCGUAAGAAAAAGGAGAGCUCGUAUGGUUAGAGAUGUUGAAGCACUUUGUGAUGCUUACAUCACAUUAGCAAAUGUAGAUGCUACUCCAUGGAAAUCUCAAAGAAAAGGAAUAAGUAUUCCAGCUGACCAGCCAAUUAUUACACUGAAGAACUUGGAGGAUGUUGUUGUUCCUACCAUGGAAAUUAAGGUGGAUCCCACGGGACGAUAUGAAAAUUUGGUGACAAUAAAGUCUUUUAAGCCAGAAUUUCGGUUAGCAGGAGGCCUGAAUCUGCCUAAAAUAAUAGAUUGUGUAGGAUCAGAUGGUAAAGAAAGGAGGCAGCUGGUUAAGGGGCGUGAUGACCUGAGACAAGAUGCUGUUAUGCAACAGGUUUUCCAGAUGUGCAAUACAUUGCUCCAGCAAAACACUGAAACACGAAAGAGAAAAUUAACUAUCCGAAGAUACAAGGUGGUUCCCCUUUCUCAGAGAAGUGGUGUUCUUGAGUGGUGCUCGGGAACAACUCCCAUUGGGGAGUUUCUUGUGAACAUCGAAGAGGGAGCUCACAAGAGAUACAGGCCAAAAGAUUACUCCAGUUAUCAGUGUCAGAAAAUAAUGAUGGAUGCACAAAAGAAACAUUCUGAAGAGAAAUACAACAUCUUCAUGAAAGUCUGCGAGAACUUUCAGCCCGUGUUUCGUUAUUUCUGCAUGGAAAAAUUCCUAGAUCCAGCUGUGUGGUUUGAAAAACGAUUGGCGUACACUCGCAGUGUGGCUACAUCUUCUAUAGUUGGCUACAUUCUUGGACUUGGAGACAGACAUGUUCAGAAUAUCUUGAUAGAUGAACAAACGGCAGAACUAGUGCAUAUAGAUCUGGGGGUUGCUUUUGAGCAAGGUAAAAUUCUUCCCACACCAGAGACUGUUCCGUUUAGAUUAACCAGGGACAUUGUGGACGGAAUGGGUAUUACUGGCGUGGAAGGAGUCUUCAGAAGAUGCUGUGAGAAAACAAUGGCUGUUAUGAGAAAUUCUCAAGAAGCUUUGCUGACCAUUGUAGAAGUGCUGCUCUACGAUCCUCUUUUCGACUGGACCAUGAACCCCUUGAAAGCUUUGUAUUUGCAGCAGAGACCGGAGGAUGAGGCUGACAUAAGCUCUACACUCAAUACUGAUCCACAAGAAUGUAAAAGAAAAGCCAGCAGUGAUGACCAGAGCUUUAACAAAGUGGCUGAGCGUGUUCUGAUGAGACUUCAGGAGAAGCUGAAAGGUGUUGAGGAGGGAACAGUGCUCAGUGUGGGAGGGCAGGUGAACCUCCUCAUACAGCAGGCCAUGGACCCUAAAAAUCUGAGCCGGCUCUUUCCUGGAUGGAAACCCUGGGUGUGACUUGGAAGGAUCCAGCACGUUUUUAGAAGGAACCUAUUUUUAUGCAGCAAGUGUCUUAACAUUUCACAUUGGUAUUUCACAAUUAACACUUACAUCAGGAGCAACCGUGAAGGCUUAUACGUAUUGGUAUUCGGUGGAUGUUUGGGGGCUUUUUCCAACAACCUGUUACUGAGAAAACAUUUUUCUGUCCAAUUAUGUUCACCGUACAGUAUAAAACACCAACCAGUGCUUUGAUGUUCCUUGUGACCUGCAAGGACUUUGCUUGGGCGUACUGGAUGCUUUAUAUUCUUAAAGCCUGAGAUUCAUCACUUUUGUGUAUAAGUUAAAUAGCUGGAAUCUUAUAUAUAAUAAUUCUGUAUGGUAACAUGACCAUGUAGAAUGGAUGAUCCAAAAACCAGGAGUCAUGAAAUAACUAGCUAAAAUACAUUUCAAAAGAGGGUUUAUACUUUAAAGAUAAUGCUACAGUGAAUAUAAAAGAAAACCAGAGAACCUCAUGUUUAAUGGACUGAGGGUUCUUGGGGUUGGGUUUUUUUAGCUUAGUUAAAUGGACACUUCUUUAUAUAGAUAUGGACUUCGAGCCCAGUAUAAUACAGCUGCUUUUUUUCUGUUGUAAAUUAAAUUAUGUUGGUAUUUCAUUUUUAAAACAUUACUUUAAUAGUAUAAAACAAUAAAAAAUAUUUAGCUUUUGUAGCUCAGACUUCCUUGAUAAAAUAGACUGACUAUACAACGAAGCUUAGCAUACCAGGUACACCUCUAAAGCAAACGGUCAUUCUGUAUCUGGAAUUAACACCUGUUGGAAACAUUGCAGUUGUAUUUUGAGCACAAAAAUCUCAUUCUGAUUGCACACAGUUUUACAGAAGACAUUGCUCCUUCUGAAAUAAAAAGAUCUACUCUAAUCGGAUAGUCAGUGAAUACGGAUAUUAGGAGAAUCCACUCAAAUAAGUCUCACUGGUAUAUUUAAUAAAUCUUCCUGAAUCAUCUUUAUAUUUAAAAAUAUGAAUAAAAUUUGGCAUACUGUCACAUUAUCUUAGUUUGCACUUCAUGUAUUUUUACAGCAUUAUAGGUGAAGAAUUUCUGUUCUAAUUAGCAUUUCACUGAUGUUUAUUUGUACAGUGUUCCCACAGUUUUUUUGCUGUAUCUUUGUUGUAUAAGUUAAUGUCUACAUGGCAAGAUGAGCCUUUUGUAUUAUGUUUUCAUGAAGCUGACAUAAAUGUCUGUUGAUCCUUGGAACCAAAAGUGCAUCCUGGCUUUUCUGUGGGGAAGAACUCUCAUCCAAGAACACAGUGAUUUGUUCGCUGAAAAUGAAACUUACCUGACAGAGCGUGCACUCUGUAUGUGAAUUUUAAAUUACACUUAGGAAAGGGAGAAGAGUCCUACCAAGCAAUUACAAGGUAGGAGAAUGGCAGGUAGGAAAGGACUAAACAAAAAGCACUUAAAAGUUUUUAUUUUUAAGCACAGAUUUUAAAAAUCGAGUAGUAUUUCUGGAAUUUUUUCUCAUGCUUCCUGUAGAGGAAAUUCUUUAGGCAUUUUUUGGGUUAUUUAAUACUAGAACUCUAGCUAAUCAUAUCAAUUAAUAUUGCAUAAAAGCACUUGGCAGAUCCUGUCCUUCCUUCAUGAGUUACUGAUGCUCCACUUGAAUACUUUCAUCUUGCUGGGCUGCAAUUUAGGGUUUUUUACUUACAGCAAACAGUGAAAUCAUUAAUAUUAAUACGAUUGUCUCAGGGAAGUCUAACUUCAGAGGAAAGAAUUUAAUUAUUCCUCUGCAACGCUGUGAACUUGGUGUUCAGUGCCUAUAUUUUGAAUGUCCAUACAUUUUCACUGUUCAAGCUGAAUGAAAUGCAAAUAAAAAUGCACGUAAAUAUUGUAAAUGUAGUUGAAACCUGCUUACAUUAUUUGUAAGCUCCUGUAGCAGUGAAACAACAGUUAGCUGACAAACAUAUGAAAUCAGUUUGAAUUAUUAACAAACCUUAGAGUCUCCAAAACACUGUCAAAAUCAGUGUGACACAAUCCUGUUACUCUGAGAUCUGAGUUCAACUAAUCUAACAUUCUUGCGAUAAUUGUCAUCUGUGCAAAGCCUCAUGUAGCCAAAAGGUAGUUAUCAGAGACUGUGCUGUUUGUUCCAGUAAUGCCUCAAUUUUUAAAAGUCAAAAUUAGG